AUGGCGGCCACGAACGCUUUUUCUCCAGUUCUCCUCGUGGUACUAUUGGGACUCCUCGUCGGCCACGGUUUGGGACAAUCUGAGGAACCUCGGCUGAUCGACCUGACCUGGACUAUUGAAGAAGGGAUGAACGUGUAUCCCGUGCACGCAGAGUACCGCUUCACCGUAGUUUACAGAGGUGAACAGCCCGGCGGGUACUAUCUGGAGUCCAACAACAUCUUCAUGGCCGAACAUACGGGAACUCACCUGGACGCGCCUGCUCACUUCGCGGAAGGAGCUUGGAGACUUGACCAGAUCCCGCUGGGACACCUGACGGGGCCCGGGGUUGUCGUGGACGUGAGGGAGAAGAUCGGGGACAACCCAGACUACGCCAUCACUCAACAGGACUUAGAGGACUGGGAACGGGAGUACGGGCGGAUCCCAGACGACUGUAUUCUCAUGCUCCGCACAGGCUGGGGAGAGUGGUACUGGGAGCAGGGAGUCAGCGCCUACCUGGGCACCGACACCAAGGACGUCACCAAGAUUCACUUCCCUGGCCUGCACCCAGGGGGCGCUCAGUGGCUCGUGGACAACCGUAAAGUAAAGAUGGUCGGCAUUGAUUGCAUGGGCGCGGACACUGGAGAUGCUUCUGCCAAGACUGCUCCGGCCCACCAAAUCCUCCUGCCCAACAACGUCCUGAUCCUAGAGAACGUGGCCCACCUGGACGAGAUGCCCCCUACCGGAUCUACCGUGUACGCCAUGCCCAUCAAGAUCGGCCAGGGGAGCGGAGCUCCCGCCAGGGUCUUCGCAAUCGUCGACAACCGAACCAGCGCGGCGGGACCGACAACACCAAACUUCAUCCUCGCCGUAACUUCAGUUAUCAUGAUUAUCUUACAGUCACUGUGAGGCAAAUGCACCUCCUUCAAACCGUCUUCAAAUCAAUACACCAACAAGUACCGGAAUACCUACAAAUGUUCUGUAGAACAUCUCAUAUCUACCAAACUAGGCACAAUUCAAAAUUAUCUUUAAAACUUCCUAAAGUCCGAUUAGAAUCUGGCCGAAGAAACUUUGCGCACAGGGGAGCAUUUGCCUAUA